GAUCUACUCAUGUAGCGCUUUCCUUUCUCAUCUUUGCGCGAGUACACCAGGACGAGAUCUGAUGAGUGAGGACAGCCAGAGAUCCCGCUGAGCAUCAAAUCAUGCGCAAGACGAGCAUCAGAGGCAACGAGAGGGGCGGAGGCUCCAAAGGAGGGAGAGGAGGCGACAAGGCCGCCAACAGCAGCAGCAGUGGCCCGAGGAAACCCAUUCAAAAGGCAGCAACAAAGGGGAGAGUCGGUGGGAGAGGCGGCAUCAAGGGCCCAAUGGCCACCAACAAGAGAGCCAAGCCAAAGCAGAAGCCAAAGCAGAAGCAGAAGCAGAAGCAGAAGCAGCACCAACAGGCGAACAAGAAGUUGCCAUCCCCCUCCACACCCCGUCAACAGCAUGAGCAACAGCAGCAGCAGCAGCCCAAUAAGGCCACUGAUCAAGGGAACCGAGAUGCGUCGCAAUCGUCAUCGAGUGGGCCAAAGGGGAGGAGGGUGGUGGGUGUGGGUGUGGCGAAGAGGAAGGCGCGGCCUCGUCCCCCCGACGGUUUGUCCAAGUCGCAGCAGCGCAAGUGGGUGCUCAAGGAGAGGCUCAAGCGGUUCAAGGGCGACUAUGAGUUCGCACACACAUGCAAUGUAGGCCUCGUGUGGCGGCUGGGGUGGGGGAGGGGAGGCUCUCAUUUGUGUCUGUGUCUGUGUCCAUGUGUGUGUGUGUGUGUGUGUGUGUGUUUGUGUGGUUGGUUCAGCUGCUGUAUGCUGGUGUGUUGGGCGCGCACAAGACACACGACAAGGCGCCCGACGAGGUGGCCAAGCUCAUGGCCCAUAUCGACAAAGACAUGGAAAAGGUCAACAACACGUGUGUCAUGACACACGCCACCAGGCCACACGAGUGUGUGUGGUGUUUUGCUGUGUGUGGGAUGGUGUUCAGAUGACCAACAGCGCCCCCGUGUGGCGGGCCAUCCAGGCCUGCCUCAAGUUUGGCAACCCACAGCAGCAGCGCCAGAUCGUCGACAGACUCAAACACAAAGGUAGGUGCAGUGCCCCACAGCACAGCACAGCGCAGCACAGCACAGCCCCCACCAACACCAGCAGCAGCGGCAUCAUCUCUCUCUGUCUGUCUGUCUGUGUCCUUCGACACAGAUCAGGUGGUGCGCAUGUUGGAGGGCAAGCUGGCGCACAAGCUUGUCAUGAAGUGCUACUUGUAUGGGUCUAAAGAGCAGAAGGCCCACAUACUCAAGGGGCUCAUGGCGCACCCCGAACUCUUCUACUCCAAGGUGAGCGGCGGGGUGGGGUGGGGGUGGAUGGGGACGUGUGUGUGUCAAUCCAUCCAUCCGUGUGUAAGUGUCUGCCUUGGUUGUCAGUAUGGCGCCACUGUGUGGGAGUAUAUCUACUGCAUGGACCUCUCAAGCAAACAGUAAGUCACCGACACACACACACUCACACCCGGCCGGACACACCUCUGUCUGUCUGUCUGUCUGUCUGUCUGUCGGGUUAGGCAGCGUGGGAUGCUCUACAAGCUGGUCCUGCCGCGGACGAUUGAGCUGAGCCUCCCCUCGGUGCAGGAUGUCCCCUUCGCAAAGCUCUUUGACGCCAUCCCGCCAGCCGAAAGGCAGCUCCUCAUGGGUAAGUAGCACAGGCAGGCAGGCAACCUUAGUGUGUCGAGUGUGUGCGUGCGUGUGUGUGUGGUUGAUAGAUUCGUUGGCUAAGGUGUUUGAGCGGUGUGUGGACAAGGAGCUGCUGGACAAGGUGAUCGUGCACCACCUGCUGAGACACUUCACCGUGUAGGCAAACCACCGACCCACACACACACACUCACACACACACACACACACACAAGUGUGUGAUGAUGUGUGUGUGCUCUGCACCAUUUAAGCCACGCGAGUGCCGAGCAGCUGGCGGACUACUACGAGCGGCUGGAGGACGGCUCGCCACACCUGCUCGAGUCGAAGGAGGGCACAGAGGUAAGAGAGGUCACACCGCCCCCCCCCCCUCCCCCCCACACACACACAUCCAUCCAUCCAUCCCAUUGCGCGUCCACAGAUGCUGGUGCGUAUGGUGGGUGUGGCGACCGCCAAGCAGAGGAAGAAACUCGUCAAGAGCAUCAAAGCCAGAGGGGUCAGUCAGUCUGCUGCACAACAUUCGCAUGGGAGAGAGAGAGGGGGGGAGGGAGCAAGUGAAUCUCUCUCUCUCUCGCUCUCCCUGUGUGUGUGUGUGUGGUGUCAUCUGUGUGUAUGCAGAUGGCCGAGCUAGCCACCAACCAGGCGGACUACCUGCUCAUAGCGCGGCUGCUGUCGAUCGUAUGAUAAAUAAGCACAUCGUGAGUAGUGUGGUCCUGAAGUGCAUGUGUGUGUGUGGGUGUGUGGGUGUUCAUUCAGGUGGACGACACUGUGCUGCUCAACACGACCGUCCUAAAGGUGCAGCACACCCACCACCCCAUCCAUCCACCCACCCACCCCUGCACGCCUCAUGUGUGUCACAAUCAGGACAUAUUCCCCUCACUGUCGCGUGUGUGCUUCGACAAGUACGGCAAGAAGGUCAUACUGCAGGUGCUGUGCCCGCUGAGCCCGCACUACUUCAACGCUCACGAGAGGCUGUUGCUCACGGCCGACGCGCCGGCGAGGUGGGUGGGUCGGUGGGAGGGAACACAACACCCUCAGAGAGGCAGGGAGGGAGGGAGGGAGGGUUGUGAUGAUGCAUUCGUUAGUAUUAGCUCUAUCCGACCGGCUCGCUUCUCGCUGGCCGCUGAGCUGAGAGUUCAAACACUACUGAACGACCUUCCGCGCACACACACACACAGAGAGAGAGAGAGAGAGAGAGACAGAGAGAGAGAGAGGGGGAGAGGCAGCCACAGAGAGAGGGGGUUGGGUGGCGAUCGCUGUGAUGAAGCACACGAUUACCUCUACCGAAGGGGCCCACUUAGGUCACUGUAGACAACUCGUUUCAGCCUUGGCUGAGCAAAGGCCACACCACCCCCUCUCCUCCACCCCCACAUAUAACACAUACAAACAAACACACACACACGAUGAGUGACUGAAUGAAUCGACGAAAUGACACCCUCCAUCCCUGUCUGUCUGUCUUUCUGUCUGUCUAUGUGCGUGUGUGUCUCACACAGUGUCAAGGACCCCCUCCAGCGGCGGAAGGAGCUCCUCCAAGCCCUCAUACCCAGGCUUCAUGACGCCAUCCUGCACCCACAGCCAUCCACAGCCGCAGCCGCAGCCACAACCCCCGAGCAAGCCGAAGAGCAGAAGAAACACAAGGCAAGCUUAGCUUAUCCAGAGGGUUGCCAGGGCAGGGGGAGACCCUCUAAUUGUGUCUGUGUUUGUGUUUCUUGUGUGUCUCUCUGUCUGUCUCUCUGUGUCAGGCGCGGAAGGAGAAAGGUCUGCGGCUGCUCCGUGGACAGGAUGAGCAUGAGCAUGAGAAGGGGAAGGAGGAGGAGGAGGAGGCGGCGGCGGCUGCCGCUGCCGCUGGUGGUGAUGGUGGUGGAGGUGGUGGUGUCCCGUCGCUGCCUUCUCGAUCUGUCGAUUGGCUCACUCACGCACAGUACGUCCCACCCCCACUACCACAGCAGACACACAGACAGACACACAGACACACAGACAGACAGACAGACACACAGAGAGGGGUGCUAUGCUAUGCUGUGCUAUGUGGUGUUAUCUAUCUGUGCAGUGCGCGUGACGUGCUGAUCGAGUAUCUUCGGCUCACACGGGGUGAGUGGCGUGGUGUGUGGUGUGUUAUGGUCGGAGUGUCGUUCGUGAGCUCACCUGUCUGCCUGUCUGUCUGCCUGCCUCUGUGUGUCAGACGCUGCUGUGGUUCGGAGGAUGCUCGACGAGAUGCGGCAAGAGGUCAGCGCGUGAACGGGUCAUAGUGACCCCCCCCCCACCCACCCACACGAGAUUGCUCUGUCCCUCCCUCUCGCUCGCCCACUCACUUCAGGCAUCCGACAACCCCCACACAGACACAAUCGGCGACAAGUGAGCAGCCAGAUCAGCAACCCACGAGCAAACCCACACGCACACUCCACUCCCCUCCCCGUUGUCCCUCUGUGUGUGUGUGCGUGUGUGUGCAGGGUGGGCCAUUUCACCCUGGUCGCACUGCUGCGCCUCAACGCGUCCCUGAAGCAACGAGCCGACCACCACCAGCAGGAGCAGCAUCAUGAGACGCUUUUCAGCCCCGACACAGGCAUUGAGGCGGCCGACACAGACGCAAUAAACGACUUGCUGCUGGGAGGUGAAAGCGAUCAUGGUGGCGAGGAGAGUGGGAGUAGCGGGUCAUUUGAGCGCGCUGUGUGGGAGGUGAUGGUGCGGCGGGGGGUGGGCCGGGUGCUGGCCACGAGGGGCGUGUUCGUCCUGAUCGAGAUGCUCAGGCAGACACACCUCCCUCCUGACCUUGCACACGAGGUGAGACCACACACACACACACACACAGAGAGAGAGAGAGAGAGAUGGACCUUGGCACAUCCAUCCAUCCAUCCAUCGGAUGUGUGUUGUGUGUUGGCUGGCUGCAGAUCCGCCGUGUGGUUGGCCGGGGUGCGCUGGACGAGGCGCGUGCCGCACUCGACCAGCGGGGUGAGAGCCGCAAAGGGCUCGACCUGCUGGGGGAGCUCAUCGAGGAGAAUGACGGCGGCGACAACAAGCAGCAGCACAAGAGGAAGCGGCAUAAUGACAGCAGCUGCAGCGAUGAGGGGCGGGGGAAGAAACACAAACUGCCUUGAGUGAGCG